UCCGUACUAGUUUAGUGCGCAUCAGUAGUACGGAGCGUUACGUAGUCACGUACUAUCUAGUACGCUAGUAAGGCUACUUUUCUUUUUUAGAGCUCCGGUGGCGGAAAAACAGAAACUCUGACUUUAGCUGUCAACUUGGCGUUAUGUGGGAACGUGUGGAUAUGGAGUUUCAUUGGGACAGAACCGGACAGCGGUGCAAACCUCUGCACGUAGUUUAGGAAGAUACAGAAGUUUCAGAAUGACUCGUGUGACUUCUGAUUCGGAGUUUAAAACGCUAGCAGAGUGUAACUACUAUUUCCCAGCAGAAGUCCUGACCGAGGUCCGAGAGGUCACAGCAGCGUUCCCUGACCUGCACCUCCACGUGGAUUAUUACUAUUACCCCAAUAAUGACAGGAAGAAGCUGGUCCAUUUGCGUGGCACCGUCCCUGUGUUUUAUGAAGGUGUACAGUACAACAUCCCGGUGUGCAUCUGGCUCCACGAGACACACCCCCAGAACCCCCCACGCUGCCUGGUGUGCCCGUUAGGCAGCAUGGUGAUCAACAGCAGGAGCAGUAGCGUGAACAGUCAGGGUCACGUCCACCUGCACUGCCUCAGCAACUGGAAGCACGGUUGGUCUAACCUGUCCAUCGUCCUGGAGGAGAUGGUGGCUGCGUUUCAGCGCGAGCCGCCUCUUUUCUCCACUCAACCAAAGAGAUCUCCACAUGUGGCCUGUAGCACGAAGCAGCAUGGGGUGGAGCAGCUCGAUCAUCGCAGACCUCAUUUGACCUCCCGAAGUGAGAAUGCCGUGCACAGGAAGUUCUCUCACCCGGAAAUGUCCUCGUCGUCUAUGACCCAGUCAGCCAGCAGCUCUAAGUGCGUGAAGGCGAGUCAGUCUCAGGACGACGUUGGAGAGCUGAGCGGCGUGAGGAGGUCAUACACUCAGGAGCUGCUGGAUUUUGGGAUAUCGUUCGGAGCGCCGAACCUCCAGGGAGUCUCGACUAACCCGUUCAUCACUGCCCCAAAUAUGAACACCACCGACCCAGAUGAUAUCAGCAACCUGUUUAAGAGUCUUCAGCUGGAAAGAAUCGUCAACAACUACCAGCUUGACUUCAAAGACAAGGACAUUCCUCAGGCUUGGAGGCAGAGUCAGGAGCAUGAGCAGGAAUCUUUGCCCCAGCCGAGAUUACUCGACGACAGACACCGGAUCCUGGUAAGCCACCUGCCCGUGGGCGUCUCUCCUCAGAGGAUGAAGAACAAACUGACCAUUUACUUUCAGAGGAAGCAGAACGGAGGAGGCGAGGUCGUGGCCGUCACGUACCCUUCAGCUCAGCCAGACCAGGCGGUGAUCACCUUCAGGAACUACAGAGAUGCGGCGCAUAUCCUGCAAGAGCCGAACAGGAUCAUCACGGUAGAUGAACAUCAAAUUCUCAUCCAGCUGCAGAACUUCAAUAGCUCACGAAUCCACGUCCCGGAAGGCAUCCAGGUCGAGAAAGCCGAGAUGUUCAGCAUCAUUCUGAGCCAGGAGGGCUGCACUUUCACCCCCACAGAUGUGCUGGAGGCCGUUCAGGCGUGCCGAGACAUCCCUUCUGCUCUCAAAUACCUGUCUCAUGUCUGCCCCAUCUGCCAGGAGCAGGUGUCCUUCAGUAAGAUGAUCACCAUGACUCACUGCUCGUGUACCUUCUGCGAAAGCUGCUUCAAGGCCUACUUCUCGUCCGUCAUCAAAGAGAAGAGCAUCAACUACGCUGUGUGUCCCCUGUGUAAUGAGCCUGACGUGCGUGCAGUGGGACGCAGGGAGGAGACCAUGGAGUAUUUCAGCCUGCUCGACACGCAGAUCAGGCACUAUCUGGACACACAGACCCAUGAGCUGUUUCAGAGGAAGCUGAGGGACCGGGCUUUGCAGGAGAUGCCUAACUUCCGAUGGUGUGCCCAUUGUUCUUUCGGACUUCUCCACGAAGCGGACAGACUCAGGAUGGACUGCCCCAGCUGCAAGAAGAGCACAUGCUUUAAAUGCAAAAGCCCUUGGGCUUCCCAGCAUGAAGGACUUUCCUGCGAGAAGUUUAAGGAGUGGCUACAGCUCAACAGUCCCGAGUUCCAAAACUCACGUCUGGAGCUCCUCCUCAGCAGGAACAAGAUAGAUUGCCCCAAAUGCAAGUUCCGGUUCUUUCUGUCUAAAGGGGGCUGUUUACAUUUUAAGUGCACUCAAUGCCGGCACGAGUUCUGCGGAGGCUGCAGUCGGCCAUUCAGGAUGGGCGCAGUAUGUGAUUUUUCUGCUGAAUGUGCUGCUAAAGGUUUACACGCUCACCACCCGAGGGACUGUCUGUACCACCUCAGAGACUGGAGCGUGCCCAGACUACACAGUCUGUUGCAGCACCAUGGCGUGUCGCAUCCGUUCGUGUCCAGAUGGAGGGAUGACAGCGGGCAAAAGGUUCCGAAAGGUGUGUGUGGAGUAAUGGAGCACAAAGAGACAGGCAGUGUGAAAGAAGAGCCGUGCGGCCGUCCGGCGUUCCACGAAUACAGCGGUUACUGCACGCUUCAUUAUAAAGAGUGCCUGGUGGAGCUGAUUAACCAGAACCGCCUCGAUCCGGUGGUGCUGCUCGAGGUACCCGAGCUACGUGCCGAACUGGACCGCUGGAGGAUCCGCGUCCCGGAGAAACAAGCCCCAGAGUCAGAGAAGCUGUACAAGGAGCGCCUCAGACAGAUGUUGGUCGAGAGGGUCGGUUUAACCGCAGGUGUCCCUUCGAGAUCAAACCUGGCGGCUCUGCCCACACCGUCCCCUUCCCCCACCUCCCCGGUGCUCGCCGCAGCUCCCUGGUACACGGCGCUACACCCAGGCAGAGCCAAAGCAGAAGACUCACAACUGCUGCUGAUGCUUCACGAUUGACCAGAGACUUUAAAUCAUACUCACACACCGAGGAAGAUCCUAGAGACCUCCAUCGUAUCAGUGUGUCCACUGUGCCCUGAGGUGUAACAUGCAUACACACCUGAUCCAACAGCAGGUACCAAAACACAAACACAAGCUCUUUGAGUAUCAGGUGUUGCUGUUUAACUGGAGUCUCGACACCUCCAGAAAACUUCUUCCGCUCCGGUAGAGCUCACUCUUUAUGCAGUCAUACACAAUGAAGUCUGUAAGUAUUUCCGCGGCGUUUACGCCGGUUUGUUUUUGGCUCCGUAACACAGCACAAUGUUUCACAGCACUUUAUAAUCCGCCUCUGACUCCAAGAACAGGAGGGAACAGCUACAACUUGCUGUUGUGUUAGUAUUUCUAUUUAAUUCUUAUUAAUGUUUUUUUUUUUUUAUAAUUAUUAUUUAUUUAUUGUUUUUGACGGUUAAGUUUUUUUUUUCCUUUCGCUUUACAAAUCUUAAUCACAUUUUCUCUCUCCCAUCGACACAAACAGGAAGUACAGUAAGACUACAAAGUAAUAGUCACUGUCAGUCGGUUUAUUAUUUAUUUAUUUUUUAAAUAAAUACGUGUCGCUUUUGUUUUCAGACCAAGGAAUUAUGGUUUUCCCAUUAAACCUAACUAGAAAUGACUAAAAAGCACGACGUUUAUAUAUAAUAAUAUACCACAGACUACAAUAAUAAUUGUAACUGCUUUCUGUGGUAGAAGAGAAAUAAAAAGGUUAUAGGGGGGAAAAAAAAGUUUACUACAGAAAAGAGGAACCUUGAGCGUCGUUUCCGCACGUUACUGCGUGACGACAGAGUUCUCGGAAAAUAUUUCCCAGGUAUUAAAGCGUGUUGGAGUGCAGAGCCGAAACAAACACUAACACACGACGCUGUAUUUCCCUCGAGGUCGUGUUCUCACUUGUGUUUUAUUUUAUUUCUUUCCUUCUUGUUUGUUGUAUUUUUUUUGCUGUAAGUGUGUAGCUUGUCUGUACUACACUAACAGACUAACGUCUCUUCUUCGCCUUCUUCUCCUCCGCAUUACGUUCAUUAACAAAUAGAAUGUUUGUGUGAAUAACCGUCACAUGACACUGUUUGAUUUAUAGAGCACAGAAAUGCAGUUUUUAAUGAUUGUGAUGUGAGCAUUAAACACAGACGUGAAGACAUUGUGAAUAACUGCUAUAAAAUAUUUUUCUAUCA